AUGCAGGCCUAUGACGGACAGCUGGGGGACUGGCCUCGAGCAGCCGACUGCCUUGCCAAGCGAGGCUUCUGCAUCCUCGAGGCCACCUCGUUGGUCUCCACAUCGGCGGUCCUCGAGGCUGAAGCUUUACCCAAGAGGUACCACCGUGCUCCUCCUGCCUCGCAGCAGCCGAAGGCUCACGUGGCGGAGGGCCUCUUGGGUAUCCAAGGUUCUCAUCGUAUCGCAAACCUGGCCGAACCUUUGCCAAAGUCUGCAAAAUUUGCGAAGGCCUCAACAGCAACGCUGGAGCGCCUCCGGCAGGAGCAGCAUACCAUCGGUGAGGCACUCCGAGGCGCUUGCUCGCUCAGGGGUGCGGAGAUCUCCGAGGUCUGGCUACUGGAGGCGCGUACGCCUUUGGCCAUCACUCCCCCGCAGGAGGAGAUGACAGAGGGGCAUGCGGAGUAUUGGUCCAAGAUUUUUACGCGUCACAGGUACCAGGUGUUGCUUUUCCUGAGCAGUGCUGGUCUCUUGGAGAUCUCAGGAUCCAAGGGCUCUGUGGAGAUUGCCACGGCACCCGGCACCCUGGUGAUCCUGCAGCCGGAGCUUUGGGCCUCGCGCAAGCACUCCACCUCCUCUCGUACAAGGAACUUCACGCUUUGCAGCUUCUUACUGGGCGAAGCAGAAACGGCUUCAUUCUAUGCCAAAGACAUCUUGAAUUGGUGUGUCGCUCGGCUGAGCGAGGUGAAACAAAUGCAGUUGCUGGAAGACAAGGCUCUGGAGCUGGUGCCUACAGCUUGGCAGCGUGCUGCGGGUGCACAGGUGGGCCUAGGUGAGCAGGCUGCUGUGAAAGGCACUUGCUGCCGCUUUGCAGGUGGUUGGCAAAAAGAGAGCCUUGCAUGGCAUGCCUUUGUAGGUGCUGACUUCGUGACGGAGAUUCCUCAUCAGCGCUUUGAUGUGCAGCAGUGGUGCAGUCCUCCAGACUCUCCGGACGCCUUCAAAAGCUCUUCCAGGCAUGGUUCCUUCCUGGAUGGGGCCGACUGCUUUGACCACAGCUUCUUUGGCAUCAGUAAAAAGCAGGUGAGCAACAUGCCGGUCUCUGAGAGGUGGGGGCUGGAGGUUGGCUACGAGGCGCUCUUUGAUGCAGGACCACGGAAGCGCAAUCCUUCGGGCUGGGCGGGUCGCAAGCCCGCGAGGUGGGCGGGCUUGAUGUCAGAAUGCGACCGGCAGAAGGUGGCAGGCGUAUUUCUUGCAACAAGUGUGUCCCUGGCGUCCCUGCCCGUUGCACUGGUUCAAGACACCUUUGACUCAGACGUGCGACUGAUGGCUGGGGGUUACGACCGUGCCAUCACCGUUUUCUCGCCAGAUGGCCAUUUGUUUCAGGUGGAGUAUGCCCUUGAGGCUGUCAGGAAGGGCACCACCACGGUUGGCGUCAAGGGCAAAGACUGUGUCGUUCUGGCGGUGGAGCGGCGGGCCACGCCGAAGUUGCAGGACCCUAGGACAAUUCGAAAGAUCUUGGUCGUGGAUGACAACAUCGCCUUGACCUUUGCAGGUGUCCUUCAGUGGACGGAGUCGGAGCUGCCAGCGCUGGAGGUUCUCGAGGGGCCGACGGCUAUGGUAGUUCAGCUGGCGCCCAAUCGUGGCCAAAAAAGGUCAUUGAAUGCCACGAUCAACUCCACACGAUUGCCAUUUGAUGACCAGAGAUUUCACUUUGGAAAGGUGGCUAGCGCGGAGGUGCUUCUUUGCUUCAAUCCCUGGCGACAAACGGCAUGUCAUCAUACAGAGACGUCCAACACCUGUCACUGGCCGAAGUACGCAGACCUGUCGACUGGAGACAGGUGCGAGGAGGAGCAAGCAAUGGUCAUCGUCAACAAGCAUCCCAUUUGUCGAAACCACUUUUUGCUGGUGCCCCGUGGCGAGCAGCCACAAGUCCUGACCUUGGAGGCGCUGAUGCUGGGCCUGGCCUGUGGGCUCAGGGGAUCGAAGCGGCUUUGGCUCUCCUUCAACACCAUCGGCGCUGGGGCAUCGGUGAAUCAUCUACACCUGCAUGGCUUCAUGGCGGGUUUUGGGACCGAGCCGAUGGACUUUCCCUUGGAACGAUACCUGGACUUCCCCGCACUCCUUCCAGCGGCCACCAGUCGUGGCCCGGUGUCCUUAUGGCGGACUCCGCGCCAAUGGCCACUCUGUGGAUGGGUCUUCGAGUGGACGGACAAUCGGGCCUUGGAGAUCGACAGCACUUUGGCUGAGCGGCGGCUGGCGGAGUUCGUCCAUGCCUUCGUGAAAACUCUCCAGGUGUUGGAUCUGGCACACAAUGUGAUUAUUCGGAUGUCCCACCGACAGGUCAUUGUCUUUCCUCGCAAGACGCUCUUUGAGCAGAGCAAGGACGUCACAGAGUUGCAGGUCUCGGGGCAUGAAGUCCUUGGCUGGUGGGUGGUGGCGCGCAAGGAGCAUGCGUUAACGGGCGUCGAGGCGGAGGCACGGCUGCAGCAGGCGCAGCUGCCAAGGAGCGCCCAGCAGAAGGUGCUGAAGGCGCUGGAGUGGAUUGGUUGGACCCUGAAAGAGGAGGCAAAGUUCAUCGCUAGAACGCAGCAGAAGUACACGCACAGAGGUGGUGUUCGCCCCUUCGGCAUCUCUACUCUGUUGGGUGGCUUCGACUCGAAGGGCCAGCCUGCCUUGUUCCAGACAGACCCAGCGGGAACCUACUACGCUUGGAAGGCAACAGCCAUUGGCAAGAACUCCAAGAGUGUGACGGACUUUUUGGAGAAGAAGUACAAGGAAGAUUUAGACGAGGAUGCCACGGUGAAGCUGGCACUGAAGGGUCUCUUGGAGGUCACUGAGGCCUCUGGGAAGAACAUCGAGGUGGUGAUCAUCAAGGAGUCAGGGAUCACAUGGAUGCCCGACGACACCUUGGAGCCAUUGGUCAAGGAGUUGGAUGACACCGCAGAAAAGAUUGCAAAGCUCAAGGAACAGCAGUGA